CGUUGGAUGGACGAAGGAUCGGACGGUCGAGGGGUGCAAUUUGGGUCCUCUCUCCCUUCUCCUUCCCCUGGUCUGUUCGCCGGAAACCCUGCACCGAUUACUAGUAGAGAGAGAGAGGGAGAGGGGGAGAGAGGGGAGUUAGGGUUUCGUCUUUGGAACGUGUUGGCAUGGGAAAAGAGAAAAUCUGUUUUUGUUAUUAUCAAGUGAAGCAAAGCUAAUUCAAACCCAUCUAGUAGCAGAUUUUUGGAGUCGCCAACUGCGGACAGUUCUCUUGAAGAGGGAGUUCGUUGGACUGUCCAGUUUUGCUUGCUCUGGAGUGGUUGGCCAAGAUAUCAUCAUUUGUGAUCCAAGAAUAUAGUUCUAAUUUCAUUCUUCAGAAAAAAAUAUGUAGUAUUUUAUCAAUACCGCAUGCAUCAUAUUUAUCUGCUUAUGUAAUCUAGAGUGCACAACAUCCACAUUCACUUUAACAUGCUUGAGAUGACAACUGAAAGUCCAGUGAGAUUAGUGGGAAAUGGAGGAGCUAGGACAUGGUCAUCUUCCAAAGAAAUGGCAGCCAUUACAUCUCCAUCAGAUAAUGUGGCUGCUGAGGAACUGGGAAUGCUUUUAAGAGGCCAUACGUUACAUCAGAGUGGGCAAGAUGGAGUUCCUAACCGAAGUGAGAGUGCUCCACCAAGUAUAGAGGGAUCAUUUGCUGUAUUUGGAGAACUUUUUGGGCAGCAGGACCCAAAUUCUAUUUUGGGGAGGAGUGGGCAGAGUUUAAGCACAACAAAUUUCUCUGAUUCAGAUGGACAAUACUACAAUGAUGCCGCAUAUGCAUCUUAUUAUUACUCUAAUAUCAAAUUGAAUCCAAGGUUACCUUUGCCUAUUGUUUCUUCAGACACUCGGCGACUGGUUGGCCGGCUCGGAGAUGGUAGGAAGUUUAGCACUUCUUUUGAUGACAGCAGUAAUAAAUCACUAUUCUUCUCUCGGUCAGUUCUUUCUACUCACAAGGAGGAGCCAGAGGAGGACAGAUCACCUGUUGGUAGUGUUACUAAACAGGUUUAUCCUGAUCCAGGAGAAAGGUCUAGGGCUUUAACAUCUGGACGAUCCCCAAAUUCAUCAGGACGCCAUAAAAGUCUGGUGGACUUGAUACAGGAGGACUUUCCUCGCACUCCUUCUCCUGUGUAUAAUCAACCUCGGUUAACUAAUGCAUCAUUUGAGGAAUCACCUAAUUCAGAUUCCCUUAGCUUAUUGCAUGAGCCUUCAUCAAAGGUACCAGAAGGUGGACACACAACUGCCUCUUUUCUGGGUGUAAAUGUCAUGGAAUCUACUUCGGAUGCAAAUGCUUUGCACUCAGUUCCUCAUCCAACUUCAUCAUCUCUGGACAAGCGAAUUCUGAUCUCAAGUUCUGGUGAUAUUGAUUUGAGCUGUUCAAAUUCAAGCGCAGAAGAUGCUUCACUCCUGAAUCAUGUCUCUAGUUCAGAAAUUGAUGAAGCACAGGCCUCCUUAAAGGGUUUAAAUAUCACCAACCUGCAAAAUGUGUCUGACUUUAAAAGACAGGAUGAACAAAGGGAUUCUCAAAUGCGCAAAGUAUCACCACAACAUGGCCUUAUGUCACAUGGACGAUCUUUUCAGUCUCAUGGGCCAGUCCAGGGAGAAAGCCGUGGCCAUGUGGGGGUGGGUCAGCCUUCACAUGGUAAUUACAAAGUCUCUCCUGCUCUUGUUCAAACGGUUGAAGUUCAGCCAGUUCUUCAGCCUAGCGGAAUGACUCCACAGUUAUAUGCAGCUGGGACUGCUUAUAUGGCUUCUGGAAACCCUCUCUAUCACAAUUUGCAACCAGCAAAUAUGUAUACUUCCCAGUACAAUGUGGGUGGGUAUGCAAUGAAUGCUGCUGUUCUGCCUCCCAUGGUGGCUGGGUAUGGUCCUCAAAAUAUCAUCCCUGUGACAUAUGAUGCCUCUGCUACUGCAAACUUCCAUGCUCGAGCUGCUGCUUCACCUUUGUCUCCGAACCUUGCUCUUGGGCUUGAUAUGCAGCAACUUUACAAGUAUAAUGGCCAGGUUGGAUUAGCACUGCAACCAUCAUAUGGAGAUCCUCUCUUUUAUUUGCCUUUGCCUACAGAUGACACCUAUGGUGCACGACCACAAUACAACCCUGUGGCACAUAGAAUUCCUACUGGAAACCAAAUUGAAUCUUUUGAUGCACAGAAAGUAUCUUCUCUUGCUGCAUAUAAUAUAGAUCAAAAGUCUCAGUUUUUGCAUCUAGGAGCGAUUAACACUCCAGAUCCUAGAAAAGGAGCCUUUGCUUCUACCAGUUAUUAUGGGACCCCGGGUGUGGGUCUCCUUCUGCCAUUUCCAGCAUCUUCCGUUGGCAGUCCAUCAUAUACAGGGAUGCCAGUGACUAGGGCAAACUUUAUUGCAAGACAAAGUGAUGAUACAAGACUUCCAGUGGUCUCUAACAGAAAUAUAGGAGCAUCUCCUGGCUGGCAGGGUUCAAGAGGAAAUGACAGAACUACAGAAAUGAAAUCUAGUUCCUUUCUUGAGGAGUUGAAGUCCAGUAAGACUCGUAGGUUUGGGUUAUCUGAUAUUGCUGGCCGUAUUGUUGAGUUCAGCACUGACCAACAUGGCAGUCGGUUUAUUCAACAAAAGUUAGAAAACUGCAGUCCUGAGGAGAAGGCAUCAGUUUUUGAAGAAGUUCUCCCUCAUGUUUCAGCAUUGAUGACAGAUGUCUUUGGAAAUUAUGUGAUUCAGAAGUUCUUUGAGCACGGGAAUGCAGAGCAGAGGAAAAAGCUUGCAGAUCAGCUCAUAGGCCAUGUUUUGCAAUUGAGCCUCCAGAUGUAUGGUUGUAGAGUAAUCCAGAAGGCUCUUGAAGUCAUUGAACUAGACCAGAAGACACAACUUGUCAUGGAACUUGACGGGCAUGUGUUACAAUGUGUCCGUGAUCAAAAUGGAAAUCAUGUGAUCCAGAAAUGUAUUGAAUGCCUGCCCAGUGAAAAGAUUGAAUUCAUCAUCUCUGCAUUUCAUGGCCAAGUUUUCACUCUUUCUAAACACCCUUACGGAUGCCGUGUUAUCCAGAGGAUUCUGGAACAUUGCACCAAUGGGAAACAAAGCCAGUGUAUAGUAGAUGAAAUUCUUGAAUCUGCAUAUGUGCUAGCUCAGGAUCAGUAUGGAAAUUAUGUCACACAGCAUGUGCUGGAGCGUGGAAAACCACAUGAAAGAAGUCAAAUUAUUAGUAAGCUGGCUGGUCAGAUUGUUCCGUUGAGCCAACAUAAAUUUGCAUCAAAUGUUAUAGAGAAAUGUUUGGAGCAUGGUGAUCUUACUGAACGGGAACGUUUGAUUGACGAAAUUCUUGGUCAGACUGAAGCAAACGACAAUUUGCUGAUGAUGAUGAAGGACCAAUUUGCAAAUUAUGUGGUUCAGAAGAUUCUUGAAAGAUCUACUGAUCAACAAAGGGAAGUGUUGCUUAACCGUAUUCGAGUGCAUCUGCAUGCCUUAAGGAAGUACACAUAUGGGAAACAUAUUGUUGCCCGAGUAGAACAACUUCUACAGAGUGAAGAAUUGUCUAAUUCCAGUUCAUAAACGUGCGUGAAAAAUAUCAUGGAUUGGCUUUUGCUUUCAAAUUCAAAUGGCAGAGUCGUGGAGGUGGUCAAAACUUGUUUAGCAGGAAUAGUGGCCUUUCGGAUAGAUUUGCUGAGUCUCUCAGCUUCUUAAUUGGUGUACCGGUUGGCACGUCUGUAAGUUGGCACGUCUGUAAAGUCAGUAAGGGGAGCUAUGUCGUGGUGUAAUUGUAACUAGUUAAUAAUAUGGUUAUGUACAGAUCAGAAUUCUGUAAAUCUCAUUUAGAAAGGUGAAUGUGUACGAAUCAGCAUUCCCUUAGAUUACCAAGCAUGAUGCAUCAUGCCUAUCAGUCAUCUUGUUCGUUUGUGAUGAUGAAAUUAUAUGUGGGUUGCUAAUGCGUUGGGUUGGCACUUGGCAGUCAUCUUUCUGUAUUGACAUUUCAACAUUUCAAUAGUGAAGCGCAAACGUUUAAAAUUUUGUUUUA